GCUGUUCCAAGUUGACAAGUGUAUUGUUGAUAAAAUUAAAAAUAAUUAUUUAAACAAUUAAAAUAAGUGGAAAAGCUGUUGCAAAUAGCUUGUGCAAUUGGUCAAAGUAUGGACACAAUCCGGACACCAAAGAUUGAAAAUGUCCGUAUGCUGGAUAGAUACUCCAAAGGCUCAUCUCAAGGCACCCUAUACUUGACUGCAACCCAUUUAAUUUUCGUUGAUCCAGAAGCCAAGAAGGAAACAUGGGUAUUGAAAUUUUUAAAAAAAUACCCUUACUGAAUUAUCAUUUUAAGGUCCCUCAUAUGCAUAUUGCCAGCUUGGAAAAGCUUCCACUAACAACAACAGGUUCCCCUUUGCUAAUACGCACAAAAACAUUUCUGUCUGUAACAUUUGUAAUACCAAAAGAACGGGAUUGUCAUGAUACUUUCUUAACAUUGCAUCAGUUGUCGCAACCCAAUAACAUUGAAGACUUGUAUUGUUUUACCUACACUUCGGACGAAAUUCCCAAGAAUGUUGGCUGGAACUUCUUUGAUUUGCAGUCAGAGUACCAAAGAAUGGGGGUACCAAAUGACCAAUGGGCUUUGACUAAAUUAAAUGAGGAUUAUGAGUUGUGUGACACAUACCCCAAGUACCUUUACGUACCAGCUUCGGCUACUAAAACCACCUUAAGAGGCAGUUCAGGAUUCCGUUCCAAAGGCCGUUUACCAGUUUUGUCCUAUUGGCACCCUAAUAAGGCUAGCAUUAGCCGGUGCAGUCAACCUUUAUCUGGAUUCAGUGCCAGAUGUUUGGAAGAUGAAAAAAUGCUCAAUCAUGUAUUGAAAACUAAUCCAAAUGCUACUUUUAUGUAUGUGGUUGAUACUAGACCAAAGAUAAACGCUAUGGCAAAUAGAGCCGCAGGCAAAGGCUACGAAAACGAGGCCUUCUAUGAAAACAUCAAGUUUCACUUUUUAGGAGUUGAAAACAUUCAUGUGAUGCGCAAUAGUCUUUUGAAGGUGGUUGAAACUUGUGAGCAAAAAAACCCUACAAUGAGUAGUUUUCUAAGCGGUUUAGAAUCCAGUGGUUGGGUGAGGCAUGUAAAAUCAAUCCUGGAUACUUCAUUGUUUAUAGCAGAAGCUUUGGAAGAAGGCAUAAGUGUAGUGGUGCAUUGUUCUGAUGGUUGGGACAGAACUGCACAAGUUUGCUCCAUCUCCUCCCUACUCCUAGACCCAUACUACAGGACAAUAUCCGGAUAUCAGGCUCUUAUUGAAAAAGAUUGGUUGGCAUUUGGCCACAAGUUUUCAGACAGAUGUGGACAUGUGCAAACUGACAGCAAAGAAAUAUCUCCAGUUUUUACUCAGCUUUUGGAUGCCACCUGGCAAUUGAUGCAACAGUUUCCCUGUUCGUUUCAAUUCAAUGAUAAUUUUCUGCUUACAAUUCACGAUCAUGUGCAUUCUUGUCAGUAUGGGACGUUUGUGGGCAAUUGCGAAAAGGAUAGAGUUGAUUUGAGACUGUCAGAACGGACUUACUCUCUAUGGGGUUAUAUGGCGAAUCAUUUGGACGAAUACCUUAAUCCGCUGUAUGAAUCAAAUGAGACUCCUGGGGUUAUAAGGCCGCAAUUGAUUCCUCAAAAUAUCAAAUUUUGGAGAGGAAUGUACUAUAGAUUCGAAAGCGGUGUCCAUCCUCGUGAACCCACCGCUGACCUACUCCUAGCCACCUCUGAUCAUUCGUUUUCGUUGGACGAUCAUGUCAAAUAUUUGACAAAGAGAAUAACUUCAGUCAAAAACAUGCUGACAAAAUCAAUGGAAAAGAAAACAUCAAAACCCAACAAGGUGGAACUUUGCAAUAAUGUCCAUUUGGACAAUAAGCUGAUGUACAAUAAGGAAUUGGAAAGUGCUGAUCACGAUCAUCCUUUGAAAAGUGAUAAAAUAAUUAUUGACAACAAAGACUCACCACAAAUGGAAGACUUAUCCAAAGAAUUUGACUCAGUAGCCAUAGAUUGGAAAACAAUGAGAAAUAUAAGCGAGUGCAGUUGUUCUUCGGCCUUUGAUCAUCUCAGCAAAAAGAACUAUUGUCGCAAAUGCGGCGACAUUUUCUGCAUGAGAUGCAUCACGAAACAGGUAGUACUGCCCGGACAUACUGCCCAAAAGGCGGUACCAGUUUGCAAGCCUUGCUAUGAUAUUUUAGGCAAUUAAAUUUAAGUAAUUUUUGCACACUUUUCUGUGAUUUUCUCUUUCUUUUACAAGGCACAGUGUUCUAAGGCUCUGUUUAUUCGUCUUACAAGAUAAAUUUGACUUGAACCACUGUAUAAUUUUCAAUUUCAAACUAUUGGGUUUUAGUUUUUAAGGUAAAAACAAUCAUUCAAAAUUUUUCUAGUCAAAAACCUUGAUAGGUUGCCUGAUGACGCAUCUGGGGUGCCUUGUGAAGAUGUGCAUUAUGUUGAGGCAUACAGAUGACGUCAUGAGACAAUAGUGACUAGUCCAACAAGAGAUUUUUUUUACUUUUAUUUAUUAAUCAGUAUUUAUAAUACAAUUAUUGUUAAAUAAACAUUAUUUCCCCUAUGAUUUUUUCUUAGCUGGUCCACCCAUUUCCUCCAACUCUCCCUUUAACUUGUUCAGUUCGCUAUCAGGCACGUACCGGUUCUCUUCGUGGUACUCUUCAUGAGGUACCACUUGUACGGUAACGCCUACAGGUAUUGUAGCUUCUAAAACCCUGUAUAAAAUUGGUAGCUGUAUAGAUGAAAUAUCAGUUAUUUGCACAGUGCGGUCGUAUAGUUUGAGUUUGUAUUGGGAAUCUAUUAGUUCGCUUUGAGGUUUGUAGGUGGAUAUAUGUAAAUGUUGAGGCGGUACUGCCCAGCAAUCUUCCACAUUUAUGUCCAUGUUUUUUAUAAGGUUGUGUAGGUACUUUUGGUAGCUUUCCAGGACUGGAUAAUCGUAGCCUCUUAGUUGGAUAUUGAGGGUGUCGUACAGGGGGAUUUUGGAUUUCAU